AUGGCUAAUCUGGCUGGGCCGAUUGACAUCGAAGACUACGUUCGACACAAAAAAGAGGUGCUUUACGACGAUAGAAGAGAGUCCCGCAUACGAAGAAGCAUCGAAGCCACCCUUCAAUACUUCAACCAACGCUCGUUAGAUCCGUUUGACGACAGCAGGACUGUAACUCCGGGUCUCGAGGACAGAAAAAACGUCUCACGCUUUUCGAAAUACUCCGAGUUCACUUCUAACAACAUGGCUUUUCCUCCGGCAUCGCCUCGAGGGCCUGUACCUGUGGGAUUGCCACAAUAUAAUCUAAAUGGUUUGGGAAGGGAUCUGACGGGAAGAACAAUGGCGAACGAGAAAGGGGCCCAAUAUGCAACAUAUGACCUUGACUCAGACAAGAAGAUCGAUCUGGAAAAGAGUUACGAGGCGAACGGCCACGGCGGACAACACCACGGCAAUCACGACCACCACGAUGUCGACAAGGAGAAAUAUGAGGCCAACGUCCCCCAACUUCAAGGCUACAAGAAGCGACUAAAGCAUUUUACCUUUGCUUGGUAUGCUUGGACGAUGGCGACUGGUGGUGUUGCCUUUACUCUAUCAGUAAUUCCCUUUCGUUUCGAGGGACUUACUGGUCUCGGUACCGCUAUGUUCAUCUUCAAUAUCAUCUUCUUUCUAUUCAACACAAUCGCCAUCUCUGCACGAUUCAUGAUGUUUCCGGGCACAUUGAAACAUGCAUUCAGUAACCCUCACGAAGGAUUCUUCUCCGCCACAUUCCUCUUGACCGUUGCGACUAUGAUUACCAACACAACUGCAUACGGUAUUCCCAACAGCGGCCCUUGGCUUAUUGAUGCCCUUCGAAUUGCUUUCUGGGUCUAUCUCAUCGUCACUUCCGUUUUCGCUGUCGUCUAUUACCAUGUCUUGUUCACGGUUAAAGCCUUGGUCAUUACGAACGUUCUGCCAGGAUGGAUUCUGCCAAUUUUCCCGGCAAUGCUUGUCGGGACACUAGCAUCAGCGAUCGCCAAAACUCAACCACCAGCACAUGCUUUCCCAAUGCUUGUAGCAGGUCUGUCAUACCAAGGCCUUGGAAUGAUGCUUGCGCUUAUGAUGUAUCCCAUCUACUUUGGACGUUUGAUGACUUCGGGUCUACCAGCAGACCAGUCUCGACCUGCCAUGUUCAUCGCAGUUGGUCCACCGGCUUUCACUGCGCUCGCAUUGAUCGGAAUGGCACAAGAUAUGAUUGAGGCAAAAAUCGUUCCAGACUUCAUCAGUCUACCCGGAAUUCAAAACAAAGCAAUGAUCACUGAUCAACUCCAAAUCCUGGCUCUUCUUGCAGCAAUUGGCCUUUGGGUAUUUGCUGCUUGGUGCUUCGGUAUUGCUAUUUUCGCCAUGUUCGAGGGCAUUCAUCGAAAUGACUUCCAUUUGAACUGGUAUGCUAAGGUCUUCCCCAACGUCGGUUUCACCAUUGCCACCAUCCAAAUCGGCACACGACUAGACAGCACUCCUAUCCAAAUGGUCGGCACUGGAAUGGCGUCAAUCUUGUUCUUCGCAUGGUUAAUUGUCUUCUUCUGCCACAUCAAGGCAAUCAAGAACCGCAUGAUCGCAUGGCCGGGCAAAGACGAGGAUGCUCACUAG